UCAGUGGAUCUGGAGAAAAGUGAUGACAGCAGAGGAAAGGUGUUGGACCACACAGCAAUACCAAAAUUUUUUCAUGUACACUGGACAGAUUAUUUUCACUCUUUAGAACUCACAGAAACAUUUUAGACAAACAAAGGAAGAUAAUUGAACUGCAAGAUUCUGAGGAUUUGAGAACAGUGAUUAAUCAGCUCCUCUUUGUGCGACACACAUUACUCCCUGAAGUUUUAGUCACCAAUUGGAGUUAACACUGAGAAAUUGCAAUUCUUUACUGGUUGGACACUUCAGAUUUCAAAAUGGGAUGUGGAGUGAAAGAGGACAAAACAACAGCACCAGGAGGAAGAAAAUAUUUUGAACUUAUCGUUUUUCUCUUCUUGCUGAACAUCAUCAGUUUUGUCGUUCCAAUCACAGGAUUUGCACUGAAGACUUGUAGAAUCAGUUACAAUAUUGCAAUAUGUGUCAGGAAUGACCUCAGAGCUGUUCCUCGAGAUAUACCCUCAACAGUGGAAGCUUUUGACUUGUCUUCAAACAAAAUAUCAAGAAUACAAGAGUCAGAUUUCAAACAUCUACCAGUUUUGACACAAUUAGACCUAAAUCGCAAUUACAUUUCACAGAUAGAAAGCGGUGCCUUUGCCAAUCUGACAUCCCUCAAGAGGUUAAAUCUAAAUAAUAAUAAACUUACUGAGCUUGGGGAGGAUCUUUUUCAUGGUCUGAGCAACCUCACUGAACUCAGAAUUAUGAGUAAUCACAUCAAAGCUGUGGCAUCCACCUCUUUUAAAUCCAUGACACGCUUAAAGCUUCUGGACAUUUCUCACAACAAACUGCAACACAUUACAAAAGUUCAUUCAAUAAUACAGCACUUGCCACAUCUACGAGAGCUGUAUAUUAAAAACAACAAUUUAACCACUUUUCAUUCAUGGGAACUGACAAACAGUUCACUAGAACUUAAAUACGUCGAUUUGUCUCAGAAUCCAAUCUCAGUUUUUUCAGUCACUGCAGACGUUUUUCCAAAUCUCACCUGGUUUAACAUCGGGGGCUCUCCUAGAAAGCAACUGAUGAAAUGGGAUGUGCGCAACAAGACUUUCUUAAGUCGAGUGUCUACUCUUGAUAUUAGUGGGCUUCAAAUGACUUUUGAUGACAUUAAAUCAUUACUAGAGACGGUAAACUCCUCACUAACAUCUCUGAGGAUGAAUGCAAUGAAACAACACCUCCCAGCAUUAAUCAACAUUUCCUGCUCCAUCCCAACAAUGUCCACACUGCAGCUCCGCUAUAACAAACUCAGAUUUGUCAGUUCCGGUUUGUUUAAGUUGUGCAUUAAUGUAACUGAGUUAGAUUUAACAGAGAACAAAAUACGAAAUAUCCACGACAGUGCCUUCAGAUCUCUUCAGAGACUGAGGAUCUUGAGUCUGAGCCACAACAGGCUUUCAUCUGUUCCAGCUGCCACAAGGAAUCUACCAACUCUUGGAGAGUUGGAUCUCAGCUCUAAUAACAUCAGCAAACUUGGAUGUGACGAUUUCACAAAUCAGACGAUGCUCAGACAGCUUAGCCUUUAUCAGAAUUCAGUCUCAGCUCUAAGUGAAUGUGUUUUCAAGGAUUUAAUACGAUUGCAAGUUUUAAAGCUACAGACCAACCGCAUAUCCAAUUUAAAUGGUGCUUUUCAAAAGUACUUCCCAAAACUUACAAAAUUGUAUUUGAAUAAAAAUGAACUCAUGGCCAUUAAACAAGGGGAAUUUAGAGGCUUACAGUCCCUCCAGAACUUGUCAUUACAUGAAAAUAAAAUAGAUACACUUGAAAAUGGGUGUUUCAUUGGACUGACAAAUCUUACUGAUAUUCUGCUACAGAAGAAUCAUAUUAAAGAAAAUGAACUAAACAAAGGUGUUUUCAAUGAUCUGAUAAACUUAAGAAGAUUGGAUUUGAGGGAUAAUUGCAUUAAAUAUAAUAGCAGUUCAGCUUUGCCUUAUGCACCAUUUUCUCAGCUGUUCCGUCUGGAAACACUGGCUAUUCCUUUACAACACUGCAAGGGGAAAUCUCAUUUGCCUCGCAACUUCUUGCAAGGUUUGACAAACCUGUUGGUUUUCAAUGCCAGGAACAUUCAACUUUUAUCUCUGCACAAAGACAUGUUUAAUUACACACCUCAGCUGCAAACACUUGACAUUAGCUCAAAUGAACUUAUGGAUCUCUCUCCAGAGUUGUUUUCCCCUAUUCAAAACCUUCAAAGCCUUUAUGUAUCUAGAACAAGUCUUCGGUCUCUAAAUUAUCUUACAGAUGCCAACCUUACCAAACUGCAGUUCUUGCAGGCAAGAAAGAAUCAAUAUUCAGUUAUCAGUGAAGAAAUAAUACAGUCUCUACCAGCUCUUGUUUAUGUGGAUCUUCAGGGGAACAGUUUCACCUGUGGCUGUGAUAAUGCAUGGUUACUCAAGUGGAUAGUAAACAACAACCAAACACAAGUUUUUGAUGCCUAUAACUUUGAGUGCAACUAUCCUGUGAACCUUAAAGGCAAGAAACUGUUGGACCUUAGUAUCCAGUCCUGCUCAGUAGACAUUGAAUUCAUCUACUUUAUCUCCACCACAUGUACAAUCCUCCUGUCUAUGGUGGUGUCCUUCACCUACCAUUUCCUGAGGUGGCACCUAGCCUAUGCCUACUACCUCUUCUUGGCUUUUCUCUUUGACACAAAGCAUAAAAACAAGCAAGCUCCUAAUCAGUACGAUGCCUUCAUCUCCUACAAUACCCAUGAUGAACCCUGGGUCAUCAGAGAGCUGCUGCCAAAACUGGAGGGAGAACAGGGCUGGAGAUUGUGUCUGCACCAUCGAGACUUUGAGCCAGGUAAACCCAUCGUAGACAACAUCACAGAUGCUAUUUAUGGAAGCAGGAAGACCAUCUGUGUGAUAAGUCGCAGAUACCUUGACAGCGAGUGGUGCUCCAGAGAGAUCCAGGUGGCCAGCUUCCGUCUGUUCGAUGAGCAGAAGGAUGUGCUGAUCCUGGUCUUUCUGGAGGAGAUUCCCAACUCCCACCUGUCUCCUUACUACCGCAUGAGGAAACUGCUGAAGAAGCAAAGCUAUCUGAGCUGGCCCCGAGCUGGAGAGCACACUGAGCUGUUCUGGGAGAAACUCCGCCAGGCUCUGAAGACUGAAGAGGAUCACGGUGAGGACAGCUUUCUCCUCACUGUGGUUGACAGAUGGUAUUAAAAAAAAAAAAAAAAAAGUUUUUAAAAAGUUUAUGGCCAGUAUAGUUCACUGCUUUGAGUCAUUUUGGACUUUUUGAUAUCUGUUUUAAAAUAAAAUUGCUUAUCUAAAGUUUA